UCGACACCCUGGUGUCUGCGGGCAGGGUGGACAAUGUCACCAUGGUGAUGGGGCUGCACCCCCAGUACCUCAGCAGCUUCUGGAAGACCCAGCGCCUGCUGCUGCACAUGGACGGACCCUUGCCCUACCACAAGCGCCACUACAUCGCCAUCAUGGCGCUGCUGAAGCCAGGGGAGGACAGCUGGUCGCUGGCAGAGCUGGUGCAGGCCCUGGUGCUCCUCACCCACUACCACUCCUUGGCCUCCUUCGUCUUCGGCUGUGGCAUCCACCCCGAGGGGGAGCAGGACGGGGUGCAGGGCUGCCGCCCCGCCUCGCCCCACAGCGAUGGCAGCCCUGCCACGGAUGACAGCCUGGGGGGCUCUGGGGUAAGGGGGCAGGGGGGCUUGGCCGUAGAUGCCAUGCAGGAAGUGGAGGUGCUGAUGGAGAGGAUGAAGCUGCUGCAGGACAGCCAGCUGGAGGAGGAGGGCAUCACACAGGAGGAGCUGGAGACUCGCUUCGAGCUGGAGAAGACAGAGAGUUUGCUGGUUGCUCCCUCAGGUGAGGGGCGCAGGGAGGAGUCCCGGCGCUCCAGCGUGCUCUGCUUUGUGGAGGACCCCGAGUUCGGCUACAAGGACUUCAACCGGAGGGGCCAGCAGGCCCCCCCCACCUUCCGAGCACAGGAUUACACCUGGGAGGACCACGGCUACUCGCUGAUCAACCGCCUGUACCCGGAGGUGGGGCAGCUGCUGGACGAGAAGUUCCAGGUGGUCUACAACCUGACCUACAACACCAUGGCCAUGCACCGCGGGGUAGACACCUCCGUGCUGCGCAGAGCCAUCUGGAACUAUGUCCACUGCGUCUUCGGCAUCCGCUAUGACGACUACGACUAUGGGGAGGUGAAUCAGCUGCUGGAGCGCAGCCUGAAGGUCUACAUCAAGACAGUUGCCUGCUACCCAGAGAAGACCACCAGGAGGACUUACACCCAGUUCUGGAGACACUUCAAGCACUCUGAGAAGGUCCACGUCAACCUGCUGCUGCUGGAAGCUCGGAUGCAGGCAGCUCUGCUCUACGCCCUGAGGGCUGUCACUCACUACAUGACCUGACCAGACCCUGCUCCUUCCUCCUCCUCCUGUCCCGGGGCUGGGGGAAAGGCCAGGGGGGAGCUGGCACCUUAAAGACUUGGCUGGAGUCUUGUCUCACCCCUUAUGGGGCUUGGAGCUGUGAAAGGAAAAUUGGGGUCCCUGUGCACCUCAUCCCAGGAGAGGGAACCCCUCAAGAAGCUGUUGGUGUUGGGGAGACCCUAGACUGCUGCCCUGGGCUUGGCAGAGCUCCAUUGCUCUCUGUCUGCCUCGGGAUAAGCCCCAACAAAGCCAGGCUGAGGUGUCCGUGGGUGCUGUCCUCACCGUGCAGUGCUGGUGUCACACCUCUAUGCCACGUCCUGGCACCAAGACUGCCACCACCAAGGGCUCUCCUUGUGAACAGAUCACCAGAAGGUACCGUGGGCUUCAUCUCUGCUUUGUGGGGUCUCAUUGUGCUGGAGGAGAUGCAGCUGCCGGCGAGAUGCUGCCUUGGCAGCCCCCUGCCCACCUCUCUCAUAUCCAGGGAUGUCAUCCCAGGGGUGGUGGAAAGGAUCUGAGCAGCACUGGUGCCACUCACCUUGGAGCUGAGACCCCACACAGGGUUCUGCAUGGCUGGAGAACAGGCAGCAGCCACUCCUGGCCUGUCUAUGCCAACCACAGCUCCAGCUAAGUUAUUUCUGUGGGUCUGGGGGGCAUUUACCCUUGAGUGGGCACAGAAGUGUGGCUGUGGCUCUGCUGCAGAUCUUGUUUGGACAAAUAAAGUUGUU